UCAGUACUUCAGUCAGUAGUACUUCAGUACUUCAGUCAGUAGUACUUCAGUCAGUGGUACUUCAGUACUUUAGUCAGUGGUACUUCAGUACUUCAGUGCUCGCAGUACUCAGUCAUGGCUAAAUGGGGACAGGGAGAUCCUCGAUGGAUCGUUGAGCAAAGAGCCGACGCCACCAACGUCAACAACUGGCACUGGACAGAGCGUGAUGUCAGUGGCUGGUCCUCGGAGCGCCUCCGUCAGCUGCUGCUGGCGGUGCGGGUGGAGGGACCUGAGGGCGUCGCCCAGCUGACCGACAUCAACAAACUGGAGGGCGAGGCGUCCAUCAACAACCGCAAGGGAAAACUCUUCUUCUUCUAUGAGUGGCAGCUGAGGGCCAGCUGGCUGGGGACGUCCAGUGCCGGAUUGAAGUACCGAGGAACACUCGACGUGUCCAACCUGUCAGAUGAGAACGACAUGGACGACCUUGACAUCUCAGUGUCUCUGAGUAAAGACCAGCCCGACACACCGCUCCUCAACCUCAUGAGGAAGAGUGGCGUUCAGGAAGUCCGGAGGGUUCUGGGCGAGUACGUCCUUCAGCUCAAGUCAGAGUUCAGUCAGGGGAUGAUUCUUCCCACCGCCGACCAGCCUCAGCCGCCUCAGCCUCAACCUCAGUCUCAGCCUCAGCCCCCGAAACAGAUGAUUCACAUCCAGACCAGUAAACCGCCGAAAAGCUCCGUCCCCAAGUGCUCAUCUAGCCCUGCCCCCUGCCUCGAAGGUGUUCGAAUCUCAACCUGCAACUUUGACCUGAAGGAAACUUUCCAAACGUCUCCUGAUGAGCUGUACCGGACCUUCAUUGGCCAGGAGUUUGUGCAGGUGUUCACGCGCUCUGCGGCGACAGUGGAUGGUAGGCGUGGAGGGAGGUUCCAGAUGUUGGACGGGAGUGUCAGUGGAGAGUUUACACAGCUGGUACUGGACUGGAGGAUCGAGAUGAGGUGGCGGUUCAGGACCUGGCCCAGCGAGCACUACGCCACCAUCAGUCUGGAGCUGGAGGACAGAGGAGAUGAGACAGAGCUGAGGAUGGAGUGUCGAGGAGUCCCUGCGGGGGAGGAGGAGUCCACCAGGGAGGGCUGGAGGCGGUUCUACUUCCACGCCAUCAAACAGACGUUUGGAUACUGAGAGAAUCUGAGACACUGAACCCUCAAGCUCGUCUGACAGGCAGACUGAGUCAUGAUGUGUCAGCAUGAGGUAAACCUGUUGACAGGAACAGUCCCACACUUUAGUCCUGGUCUAUCCUGUGGAUUCCUUCAGGGAGUCCCUCAGGGAGGAUUCCUGGAGCCUCUCGUCUCUGUUAAACCUCAGCAGAAUUAAAGGAACAGUCCCAAACUUUAGUCCUGUUCUCUGUCUUACAUCAGUCUUAUCUCUGUGGAUGCAGACAGACGUGCAGGACGUGGUUAGCCUAGCUUAGCAUAAAGACCUGAGGAAGAGGAAACUCUUUGACUCUUCAUCCAAAGUUAAACAAAAAACCAACUCAACGAUUGUCUGAAGUGUUGGACUGUUCCUUUAAAAUCUGAUCUGUUGUAUGUGACAGAAUCACUGUGUGAAUAAAGUUGGGAUUGUUUGAAUGUGUUUGUCUUCCUGUCAUCAGGACCAAUCACAGUCUGGAUUAUUAACAUCAGAGUGGCAAAAAUAAAAUGUGAUUUAUGUAGAAAACAAGUUCAUCGACAGUGGAGGAGGAAAAAUAUGAAAAUAAAACAUCAGCAGAA